GAUACUUUCUUGUGGACACAGAAAGUUUGAUACUCUUUCGCUGUUCAAAUGUUUUCCGCGGUAGGUCGGUACUUAUCGACAGCACCCGCUUCUGACCUCCUAGACUCCUAGUCUUCGCCUGAGCUCCACCUCCGGUGCUUUUAACCCAGACGUGUAAAUGGGAAUAGGGUUUAGCUCAUCUCUCUCAGGUAAGCAGACUCUUCAACUCGCAUCAAUUUGCUCUUAAUUUCACCUAAGUAGAAUUGGGUUUCCUUCAAUUUUGUGAAUUUCAUAACCAUGGAUCCACGUUUCUCUGAAUUUCCCAAUUUCAAUGAUCAAACCCUUUUGCCUGAUAUGUUGAGUGAGUACCCAAGUAGUGAUCCUUCUCAAGAUCUUAGCUUUUUGGACCCAAAUCCCAGUAACUCUUCAUCAAGCUUGAGCCCUGAGGGAGAUGAUGGUGAGUUUUCUGACAGUGUGCUCAAGUACAUAAACCAGGUGCUUAUUAAGGAGGACAUGGAAUCAAAACCCUGUAUGUUCCAUGACCCUUUGGCUCUUCAAGCCACUGAGGAGUCUCUUCAUGAGAUUAUUGGAGGAGGGAAGAACCCAACUUCCCAAGACCUAAACCCUCUUUGUGUUGAUCAAAAUGUGUAUGGGAAUGGGAUGCUGGGUUCUUAUAGGAGUGAGCUAAUUGUUCCUGAUGUGCUUAGUAAGAGUGAAUUGUUAUUGCAAUUUAACCUAGGGGCAGAGGAGGGUAGUAAGUUUCUUCCUAGAGGUCAAUUGAUUAGUGCGGAGGGCAACAAGCCGUAUGCUGUGGCGGAUAGAAAGGCUGGAGAUGUGGUAGUUACGACCCAGAAGAAUGGGAGUGAGCAUUUUCGUGUUGGUUCUAGAGGAAAGAAAAAUCAUCAAAGGGAAGAUAUAGAUUUGGAGGAUGGGAGGAGUAACAAGCAAUCGGCGGUUUAUAUGGAUGGUGAGGAGGGUGAGCUGUCUGAUAUCUUUGACAAGGUGUUGCUCUCCAAGCCUAUCAAGAGUAAAGACGAUCAAGUCAGUCAGAAUGGAGCAAACAAUAGCCUGCAGCAGGAUGGGCUAUCUGUUGGAAUUGGUAAUGGGAAGUUUUGCGGCAAGAAUCAAGGCAACAAGAAGGAAGUGAUAGAUUUGAGGGCUCUUCUGAUUUCAUGUGCACAAGCUGUAUCUGUUGAUGACCGCGAGACUGCUAGUGAGCUACUAAAGCAGAUUAUGCAGCACUCUUCCCCAUUUGGUGAUUGUACUCAGAGGUUGGCUCAUUGCUUUGCAAAUGCUCUUCAAGCGCGGUUGGCUGGCACAGGACCUCAAAUAUAUACUGCUUUAACUACUAAACGAAUGUCAGCUGCUGAUUCACUGAAGUUUUACCGAGCUUAUAUUGCAGUCUGCCCAUUCAUGAAGUUGUUGAUGAUCUUUGCAAACGAUAUGAUUUUAAAAGCUGCUGAGAAAGCAGAAACACUACAUAUAAUAGAUUUUGGUAUCCGUUAUGGUUUUCAAUGGCCAGCUCUCAUUCAUGGCCUCUCAAGAAGACCUGGUGGACCUCCCAAAUUACGCAUUACAGGGUUAGAGUUUCCCUCAAGUGGUUUUCGACCAGAAGAAGGAAUCCAAGAGACAGGGCAUCGCUUGGCAAAGUAUUGUAGGCGAUUUAAUGUUCAUUUUGAGUACUAUGGCUUAGCCAAAAAAUGGGAAACUAUCCAAUUUGAUGACCUUAGAGUUCAAAGAAAUGAGGUGCUUGCUGUUAAUUGUCUCAACCGAUUCAAGUACCUCCUUGAUGAGACAGUUGUGGUAAACAGUCCAAGGGAUACUGUUCUAAAUUUAAUUAGGAAUUUGAAUCCUGAUGUCUUUGUCCAAAGUGUUGUUAAUGGAUCCCAUCAUGCACCCUUCUUUGUUCCACGCUUCCGAGAGGCACUAUUCCACUUCUCUGCAUUGUUUGAUAUGUUGGAUACCAAUUUGCCUCGUGAAGAUCAGAUGAGAUUGGGGUUUGAGAAAGAGUUUAUUGGACGUGAAGUUGUGAAUAUAGUAGCUUGUGAGGGCUUUCAAAGAAUUGUUAGGCCAGAAACAUACAAGCAGUGGCAGAUUCGAAACAUGAGGGCUGGGUUCAGACAGCUGCCAUUGGACCGUGAAGUCAUGAACAAAAUAAAGGAUAAGGUAAAAAUGGGGUACCACCCUUCUUUUGUGGUUGAUGAAGAUGGCCACUGGAUGCUGCAUGAAUGGAAGGGCAGAAUUCUGUAUGCUUCCGCGUGUUGGGCACCUUCUAGGACUUGAAAUGCUUGACUGUUAGAAUUGACUCGCACGAAUUGGCAAAUACAACAUCUUUCCAACCUUGAAGGUAAAAAGCUUAGUGCACAAGAACUUUACUUCAGUUGUGGAAACAAUGUAGGUGGGCUUUAGCAGUUGUUAUCUGUAUAUCACGGCCUCUCAAUUUGGGGACUUGGAAGAGCAGCAACUGUUGUAGUUGUUUGUGCAUGUUUUUUCUUUUCCUUUUUUCGGCCAAUUGUUGUAGUUGUGUUUAGAUAUGUAACUAUUGUAUAUUGCUUAGCACCACCCCACUGUAGGUUGCUGUAUUGUGUUGCGGAUUUGUUAAGUUCUGUUCUGGGGUCUGGAUCCUCCCGUAUAUGUUGUCGCUCAGCUGCCUUUUAUGCAGCUUUUAUAUGUGGUGAAAGCUGGCCCAAUAGGCUACCGCCUUACAAUUCUCCCCUUUUUCUUUUCAAAGCGCUGUAUAACUUUGGUAUUAAAUUUGGUUUAUGAUUAUGAAGUACUAGUUUACUGUUGAA